AUACCCUUGUGUUGAUUUUGUCAUUUAAAAAUCUGUGAAAGAAGAGAAAAUUUGGAAGCUUUCUUUCUCGGCGAUGAUGGAGCGAACUUACGGCCGUCGCAAACCGGGGUUGUUAAACGACGACGUUUCGCAGGCGGAGUAUCUUUUUUCGUCUUCUUCAUCACCAGAACUCGACCCACUUGAUUUCUCCACUCAAGAGUCAUCUUGUCUCUGGAAUUAUUCUUCAAGAUCCAAUUUUUCGGAUGAUGAUUUCUCUCAGAAGAGGGCUAAGAGACCCAGAAACGGUAGUGGAGCGUUUGGUUUGAAUUCGACUUUGAUGGAGACGCAAGAGUUCGGCAAGUUAAUGGAGAAUGAGGACGAGGUUAACUUCGCUCUUGAUGGGUUGAAGAAAGGACAUCAAGUUAGGAUCAGAAGAGCUGCUCUGUCUUCUCUACUCUCGAUUUGCGAAUCUCAAUAUCAACGACGCUCUUUAAGAGCUUUAGGGACCUCACAAUCCAUAAUCGAUGCAAUUUUGGGUCUUAGUCUUGAUGACAUACCAAGCAAUCUUGCUGCAGCUACCCUUUUCUUUGUGCUAACUACUGAUGGUCAAGAUGAUCACUUUAUGGAGUCACCCAACUCUAUCAAGUUUUUGAUCAAGCUUUUGAGACCUGUGGUUUCCGCCAGUACUAAAGGGAAGCCGCGGCGGAAUAUAGGAUCUAGGCUCUUAUCAGUAAUCAAGGAUGUUGAUGCCGCACGUGAUUCAGGCAGUAUGCAUGAUUCAAGCUCCUGUGAUAUACUGGACAGAGCCCAGGAGAUUCUUGUUAAUUGCAAGGAGUUGAGAUUGGUUGAUGGCUAUAAAAUCGAGAGGAUGAGGCCUGAGCUAAGUACGAAAUUGGUAGCUUUGUUGGUGAUGGAGAAGGCGUGCUUGUCCAAAAUCUCUUUCGAUGAUAGCUCUGGUACUGUGAAAAAAUCUGGAGGAAUGUUCAAGGAGAAACUGCGAGAACUUGGAGGACUUGAUGCAGUCUUUGAUGUUGUUAUGGAUUGUCACUCUGUAAUGGAGAAUUCUCUUGUUGAUGUAACACAGUUUAAUGUUACUGUGACUGCCCAUCAUUCGUUUGUUGUGGACAAGUUGGAUUUCUGUCUUAGUGUUGGCAAAGACUCUAGCUGGGUGGCACAUGACACACUCUCUGCCGAGGAUAUAAAAGAUGAUUUGAAUAAGCAGAAUCUGAUUUUGCUUCUGAAAUGUCUAAAAAUCAUGGAGAAUGCUACAUUCCUCAGCACAGAAAACCAGAUUCAUUUGCUCAGAUUUAAUAAAAGUAUGGGUUCUCAUGGAUCCCGACUGUCUUUCCCAGAGCUCAUGAUAAGCGUCAUCAAAAUACUUUCAGGUCUUCAGUUACGUGCUCACAGGAACGAAAAUCAUCCUCACCCUCAGCCACAUCUAUCUUCUGUUGUUAACAAGAACUUUGUGACAAUUAUUAGUUCAGAUACUUGCUCUACCACUAGCUGUAGCUCCAUAAAAAGUUUAAGCGUAUCCAAGAGAAAUCAGUCUGCAUUCCUGUUAGGUUGCUCAACAACACCAAAACCGGGGUCUCAAUCAAGUGUAAUGUCAACAGUUGAUCCCUGCACGCUGACGACUAUAGCUGGUUCCAACACUGGGUCGUUUGCAGGCAGGUUAGCCUCAUUGGGUAGUGGCAUUUCCAGAAGUAAUGCAAGGACUUGCCAAACUAGAGAAUCCAGUUGUAAACAAGUUGAAAACUUUUCACCCUUCGAGGAUAGUCAAGAUCCUUUUUCAUUUGAUUUGGAGGAUUCAGGACCUUCCAAAUGGGCAGUAGUAUUAGGAAAGCAAAAGAAAUCUAAAGGUCAAAAGAGGAAGGGAAGCUACAGAGAUUAUAAAGAUGAGCGCUCGCUUCAGCUCUUCUCGAGCCAGGAGGAAUCAAACCAUGGAUUAAAUUCCCUGGAAGAAUCAAGUGAUAGAGAUCGCCACGUAACAGAGCAACCUUCUUCAACAUAUGACAUUGAUAAAGGAUGUCUCUGUCUUUUAUCUGAUUGCCUUUUAACAGCCGUGAAGGUAUUAAUGAACUUAACAAAUGAUAAUUCUGUUGGUUGUCGGGAAGUUGCUGCCUGCAGAGGACUGGAGAGCAUGGCUGAAUUAAUUGUUGGACACUUUCCUUCCUUCACCAGAUCUCCGCUUUUCAGUCUGAUGGAGUCCGGGACAUGCCACCAGAAAGAUAAACAUCUCACAGACCAGGAAUUAGAUUUUCUUGUUGCCAUCUUGGGGUUACUGGUAAACUUGGUGGAGAAAAACGGAAUAAACAGGUCAAGGCUCUCUGCAGCUACUGUUCCAAUCACUAAUCCAGAAGAGUUGCUAGAUAGUGAACAAGACAUGAUUCCUCUUUUAUGUUCAAUCUUUCUCACCAAUCAAGGAUCCGCAGACGCCAAAGAUGAAACAAGUACUUUCACUUUGGACGAUGAAGAAGCUGUUUUAGAAAGCGAAAAGGAAGCGGAAAAGAUGAUUGUGGAGGCAUAUUCUGCCCUCCUACUCGCAUUUCUAUCCACAGAAAGUAGAAGUAUACGAAAUGCCAUCAGAGAUUAUCUCCCAAAACGAGACAUGGCAAUUCUGGUACCGGUGUUGGAUAGAUUUUUGGCGUUUCAUACAACACUGGACAUGAUUCCUCCAGAAACUCAUAAAGCGGUUAUGGAAGUUAUUGAGUCGUGCAAAUUGCCAUAGAACAAAAAAAACAGGCGAGAUCUUCGUUCUCCUCUCACUGUACAGCUUCUGCAACACUUUGGGUUUGCUCCAUACUUAUAGUUAGUGAUCACACAAUGGAACAUGUUACAUGUAUGAUAUAGACACAAAUAGAGUAUCUUUUAGUUC